ACUGAUGGCGCUAUAUAGGAGAGGUCACGGUACGACGUCACCCUCAGUUAGCCAGAAAUUUAGUCAGUUCUGUCGGGCGAUGUGUGUUUCUUGUUUGUUUUCAUUAAAAAUAACUUAAGGUUAAUCAGUUUUAUAAGAUUAUUGAAGAAUACCAGACAACAGAUUUUUAAUUAAGUUGACAGUCAAGAAUUGGCCGGCUAUCUAAAACAUGUGUGACAUCACAACAAAUUCAAGUAUGCAAGCUGCUUCUACUAAGCCUAGCACAAGUGAAGUGUCUGCUAAAGACAAGAAGGCAGAAAGAAUGAAGAAACUCCGAGAACUACACCUUAAAAGGAAUGAGGCAAGAAAAUUAAACCACGCUGAAGUUGUAGAAGAAGAUAGAAAAGCAAAGCUACCUUCAAACUGGGAAGCAAGGAAACGCCAAGCUGAUUGGAUACUACAGGAUGAUGAAAAAAGAAAGAAUGCUGAAGAAAAAGGUCUGGAUUAUGAUAGAUUGAAACUGCUGGAUGUUACAGCAGAGGAAGCAGAAAGAAUUGAAAAAAAGAAAAAGAAAAAGAAUGCUGACCCAGGCUUUUCAGAUUAUGAACAGGCCACAUUCAGACAAUAUCAACGAUUGACAAAACAAAUGAAGCCAAACAUGGAGGAUUACGAACGUAAGAAAGAAAAAAUGGGUGAAGAUAUGUUCCCAACAGUAAACAGUCUAAUGCAAGGUGAACAUAAAGACAGUGAAGAAGCUAUUGACAGAAUGGUAACAGACUUAGAAAAACAAAUUGACAGACGUGGAAAAUUCAGCCGCAGACGAAUGCAUAAUGAGGACAAUGACAUUGAUUACAUUAACGAAAGGAACAAGAAAUUCAAUGAAAAGGCUGAACGCUUUUAUGGCAAAUACACCGCAGAAAUUAAACAGAAUCUGGAAAGAGGAACUGCGGUAUAAUCAUUGUAUUUUAUUGUGAUGUACAUUUCUCAUGAAAGCCAGGCACUAACUGUCGUACAACCGUUGUCCGAUGGCCCCAACACGACGUGACACUGUCUGCUGAUUGUAUGGUAACAGUCUGAAUGGAUUGUCAUUAAAAAGGAUACGUGGCGCAGUGCCUGGUUUAUGUGCGAUAUUCAGCACAGUAGUAGAAUUUUCAUUGGGUGUGUACCUUCACAUUGAACUGAUUUUGACCAAGAUAUUCUCUGUGGCUUAAUCAUAUAUCUAUUCACACUAGUAAGUCUACAUCAAAACAAAAGUAACCGGAUAUUGCAGAUACAUGCUGAAGAAAGUUUUAACCAACUAGUACUGUUUACUAAAGAGUUAAGUUUGGGUAAUUUGAGGAAGAACAAGGGAUUAAGUUAUACUGUGCAAUUUUAUAGAGUGAAGAUAUAAGAUACUAGAGCAGAUUGCUGUUGGUAUAGUAUAAUGGCCUUUAACUGGUAGCUACAGUAGUCCUAACUGAUUUUAGCUAGUUUUAUAAGCACACAUCUAUUGAUGAUCACUGCUAUAAAACAAUCUUUGUUAAGACUGUAAAGGGGUUGGAGGUGGGGGGGGGAGGUAGUGGUUUGGGGCUUUUUCGACAGGAUUGCAAGAAAAGUGACCAAAGCUCCACACUUAGAGGAAGUGUGAUGUACAACACCCUAUGACAGACUAGGCAUCCGAGUAUAGUAAUGUAUAUCUCAUUUUUUACUGUAUAUGAUUGUAAUAUGCUGUAUCAAAUUAAAGUAAAAAAAAAACCUCAG